AUGGCUGCGGCUUUCGGGCAGUUCCUUCGUCCGAAUGGAGAGACCUACUUUGGUGUACCUGCUGGAAGAUUUUCUGAUGGACGCCUCAUCGUUGAUUUCAUCGGAGUCUUCAAAGAUUUGUUACCAAAGGAGGAUUAUUUCCCACAAGCUUUGUAUACAUUUGACAUAGGACAGAAUGACUUGACUUCAGGCCUUUUUUCUGGCUUGACCGAAGAUGAAGUUAUAGCAACUAUACCUGAUAUUCUCAACAAGUUUACCACAGCAGUUCAGAACAUAUACUGGCAAGGAGCGAGGUCGUUUUGGAUCCACAACACAGGUCCUUUGGGCUGUCUUCCCUACAUUUUGGAUAGACUCCUCAUUAAAGCCGAUCAACUGGAUCCCAUUGGUUGUGCCACUCCUUACAACGAUGUGGCCCAACAAUUCAAUCUCAAAUUGAAGGAAACCGUUGAUCAGCUAAGAAAGGACCUUCCAUUGUCUGCAUUCACUUACGUCGACAUAUAUUCAGCGAAAUACACCCUCAUCCACCAAGCAAGGAAGUAUGGAUUUGAACACCCUCUUAGAGCUUGUUGCGGGUAUGGAGGCAAGUAUAACUACAACCAGCAAGUGUUAUGUGGAGGAACGAUUGUUGUUAAUGGAACUGAUGUUUUGGUUAAAUCUUGUCAAAAUCCGUCGACUCGGAUCAUUUGGGAUGGAAUUCAUUAUACUGAGGCAGCUAACAAAUGGGUGCUCGACCAGAUUGUUAAUGGUGCAUUUUCAGAUCCGCCUAUUCCAUUGAAAAAGGCAUGCCAUAGGGAGGCUCAUUGAUUUACAUUCAGUUCAUCCCCCUAUUCCAUUGAAAAAGGCAUAUGCCAUAGGGAGUCCCAUUGAUUUACGUUCAGUUCGGUCGAGUCGUCUCCGUUUUUUUCUUUUACUUUAAAGCUAGGAUUUAUGAAUUUACAUUCCCUUUGAAGCUCUGAUACAGGACUAGAUUUCUGAAGUCUUGUGUUGCCUUACUGAUAUGUGUUUAUAACAUCUCAUAGUAUUGGGGUACAAAUGUAGUUGGUUCUGUUAGUCUUUAAAGCAUAUUUCUAAAAGCUUUGUGGGUCUUACUAC